AAUGCGCGCGGGGCACGCCGGGAAAGCGAGUUCUUCGAGGGUCCCCGAGGGUGUCCCGUUUGCUCGGGCUUCUCUAGCGUCUGGGACUGGGUAUCUGCUGAGGGGACCGGCUCCGCGCUGCUGUGGGAUCCCUGAGCCGCGGGCACAACAGCCGCCGCUGGUGGAGUAGCGCUGAGGGGAGGGAAGGAUCUUGGCAAGUUCUGCUUGAGUCACUCAAAAAGAACGAGCAGUCGGCCAAUGGCCAGUCCCAGUCCAGGGAACCCACGAACCCUCAGUUCAGGAAAAUGAGCGGAGACUUCCCAUCGGCCAACGGAGAGGCUGGGGGGGAGGCCCCCAAGGGCUACACUCAGGACCAGCUGGAUGCAGUCAAGAGGGUAAAGCAGUGUAAAGAUUACUAUGAAAUUCUGGGAGUCAACAGAGAAGCUUCUGAUGAGGAUCUGAAAAAGGCCUACAGAAAACUGGCCCUGAAGUUCCACCCGGACAAGAACCACGCACCAGGGGCCACGGAGGCAUUCAAAGCCAUUGGGAACGCGUACGCGGUGCUAAGCAACCCGGAGAAGAGGAAGCAGUAUGACCAGUUCGGGGAUGAGAAACUCAACCCUGCCCACCACGGACACAGCCACGCUGACUUCCACCGCGGCUUUGAGGCUGACAUCUCCCCUGAGGACCUCUUCAACAUGUUCUUUGGGGGUGGUUUUCCUUCUAGUAAUGUUCACAUGUACAGCAAUGGCAGGAUGAGAUACGCCUACCACCAGAGGCAGGACAGGCGAGAGCACCAGGGGGAUGGUGGCCUGGGUCUGUUUGUCCAGCUGAUGCCCAUCCUCAUCCUGAUCAUCGUGUCUGCUCUCAGCCAGAUGAUGGUCUCCAGCCCACCCUACAGUUUGAGCCACAGACUGUCUGUGGGUCACACACAUAGGAGGGUCACAGAGCACUUGAAAGUCCCCUACUAUGUGUCCGAGAGCUUUGCCGAGGAAUACACUGGCACGAACCUGAAGAAUGUUGAGCGGAGCGUGGAGGACGACUACAUAGCAAACCUUCGGAAUAACUGCUGGAGAGAGAAGCAGCAGAAGGAAGGUUUGUUGUACCGGGCACGCUACUUCGGGGACUCGGAUCUGUACCAGCGGGCACAGAAGAUGGGCACCCCCAGCUGUAGCAGACUGUCAGAUGUCCAGGCCUCCCUGCAUGGAUAGUCCCAGCCAAGUACGAGCCGGGAGCAAGGAACCAUCGUGCUUUUAUCCCUGAAAUCCCUGACUGAGACACAGACCUCCAGGGGUGUCCUCGGGGUGUACAUGCGCAGGCCUCCUCUCUGAUGAGCACUCCCUAGUUAAUCGGGAAUUGAUUGGGUUUAGUUUGCAUGUUGGCACCUUUGGCUCUCUCCAGGCUCUCUGUUCUCUCUGGCCUCUAGGAACAGGGCAGAAUCCCUUAGUGAGGUUGAAAGUUCCUUGGGCACUGUGGCAUCCAGCCCCCACAUUUUCAUGAGCCCUUGUUUUUUCUUGCUUUGUAGCCUGUUUUACUGGGAAAUCUGUUAUCCCUGGCACAUGAAGCAACACGGUGACAGGGAAUGGAGUCCCUCCCACCCAACAGAUGUUCCUUGUCCCUCUUCCCAUUCCCUUCCCAUUCAAGGAGAACAAUGCAAAUGUUCCCAGCAGGUUGUAGAAGUAACUUACUGGGUUAAACUGGCUAUCAAAGUAAAAGCAGCUGUGGGAGGGUUUGGAAGAUUUGGGGGUUGGAGAGCUUGGAUUAAGGAGGGCCCAAAUAAUACAUGCGAGACCGGAUGUGCUGGGAGAACUGCACCAAAAUAAUGGAAAAAAAAAAAAUUGCCACAGGGUUUGGAGUUCUUUUUCUGCAUAGACUUUUGGGCUGAUUGCGCCUACCAGGUACUGCUGGGCUGGCUGUGAAAUGUGCAGAUCCCACUACCCCAAAAUUAUUUGAACACAGGACUUUAUAGAAAAACUCCUGGGUGAAGCUUGUACCAGGUGUUGUGAGGACGCAGUUCCAGCUCACAGGGACUCCUCGAGGAUGUCGGCCAUUGAGCUGCUUGAUUUGCAGUGUUGGGGGUUGUUUUCCUUGGCAUCUGAAAGUUUGGCCUUUAAAGGAAAUCCUCUGGGCCACCCUGGGCUUUUUUGGGGGGGUGAAUCCUAGUUUUGGAUCCGUUCUUACCUUGAUCCGCCCGCUCUCUCGUUUGGAUGGCUGCGUCUCUUCUUGUGUUAAUUACCUGCUUUUCCUUAAUUCCCUCCCUGUACCCGUAGUCUGGAAGGAGCCUGGAAAAGCUGCUCCCUGUGCUGUAGGGUGGGGAAGGAAGGGGGAGUCACAGAUUGUCCGGAGACUGACACCGCUGCCACUUUUGUUCCCAGAGCGUUGAAAUGCCUGAAGACUUUUGGGGAAAUGCACUGAGCUGAGGUGACAGACUCUGCUAUUUAAAAAGAAUCAAACCUUAUCUUAAAAAUGGAAUUGGAGAAUUAGCAACGCACAACUGCUCCUCUUUCUUCUCUCUGCCUCUCUCUGACAAUGGCAGGCAGCACUUGGGACAGGAAAUCCAGCUCUCCAUGUUCCUCCUCCCCUUCCAAUGCUGCUGGCUGCCCCCAGGAUCCCACAAAGAUCCCACAGGCCCUGGAACAGACACACACAGAGUGUAAAAUAACCCGAACUAACUGCAGAAGCCGUGAAACAGGAGACCCUUUGCUGCUGCCAAUGGAGAGAGAAGUGGGAUGAUUUGUUGAUAAGAGAAGACACAAAAGAAAAGGAACAGAAAAUAUAAUCUAUUUAGCAUUAAUUUAUAGCUGUAUAUAUGUUGUACUUUUAAACUAUGCAGGGGUUGGAUGUUUAAAUUAUUUUGGUUUCUGCCUGAUUUGGGGAGCAGGGCAGCAGGAAACCUCUUCCCAGGGUGUUUCUGCAGGACUUUCCUGCCUGGAAAACAGGAAUCCCUUUGCAGUUGCUGUGCUUUGCUCCCGGGAGGACAUUCUGCGGAUGGGGACGUCCGUACACCUGCUCUUGGGGUUUUGAUAAAACCAAAUCCCAAAUAGGCAGGGGGUCCCAGGGUACAGGGGGAGCCCAUCCAGAGCCGUGGCGUGGAUCUGCAGUGUCGGCAGAAGCCCCAGGGUCAGCUGAGCGCCAGCGUCACACUCGGGAUGGGAAGGAUUGUCCUGGAUGGAUUUUGCUCGUCAGUCUUUGGUUAAUUUGUGCACGUAACUCCUUUUUCUGCUGAGUCUGCUUGAAUUCUGCUUGGUAAUCAGUGGAGAGGGCUUUCCAUUGGCCUCUCCCUUUGCUGGGAGGUUUUGUGCCGUGUCCCGCACUCAGGUUCCUCACCCACCUACCCACCUGUGCAGCCUGGGCCUGGCCUUCACAUCCCAUCUCGUGUUUCCCGGAGGACACCUGGAAAAUAGCACAGAUCCAUAAGGAACGAAGUGUUCCUUUGCUUCUUUUGGAAGAAGUUCUGCUGGGGGAGAUCAGGGGUGUCUGAUCUGCCCUCACCACCACGGGCAGGACCGGUAUGAGGGAAUUCCAGGUGAGGAGACACUUCUUGGAAGCAAAGCCAGCACAAGCAGAGCCACCUCCCAUGGAAUAAACUGGAUUAUUUUCAUUUUUAUGGGUUUUUUAAUUUUUUUUUUUUUUCUCUGCAGCUCAUUUGUGUGUAAAGACAUUUCCAGUGAAAAUCAUCCCCUGGCACAGUCAGGGGAAUGAAUUAGGAGCAUGGCAGCUCCCGGAUGGGCUGGCAGAGGUGGUUUUAUCCUGUUGUCCCAAGGAAUCCAUGCACUCUGUCUUGGCUGUUUAUUUAUUUUGUGAAAUCUCAGCCUCCCAUUGGCUGCAAGCUGUUAUCCCACAGCCACCAUGGCUUGUACCUGAUUUUAAGGUGUUGGUUUUUUUUUUUUUUUUUCCCUAAUGGUUCCUUCACCUUCAGAAGAAAUUGGGUGGAAGCUCAGGAUUGGAAAUGGCACUCAAUAGAGGCACAGGGAUGACGGGGACAGGGUUAAACUAAAAUCCUGCUCACAGAAGGAGCUGGAUGUGUUGCCCACUGGCAUUCCCUGCCCAGAGCCUGCCUGCCAAAACCUUCAGGUUAUUUUUCCUGGUAAAUACUCACAGAUCAUAAGGAAGGAGAAGGCAUUGAUCCCAGUGGAUGCUCACAGAGGCUGUAUCACCCGAUUUAGAGUUAAUUAUACAAUUGUACAUCUAUAAAUAAAUGUUUAUAAUGUG